AUGCGUAUACCCAAGAUACCAAUACUCUUCGUCGGAUCCCUAGGAGCAAUUGGAGCCUGGUAUGCUUACAGAGGUGAUGGGCCAGAGCAUCUUCUAAAAGGACAACCGUUGUCAGCAUCAGCACAGCCCAGCAGGGCUCUGAGUACCACGGCAAAUACUGCGCAGCCUCCUGCAGAUCCUGCCGACCCUGCGCCGCUGACUGCAGGUCCCGAACCGUAUCGAAAAGCAUUGGUGGUUGACAACGAUCAGUUCUUCACCGGCUCCAUCGUUGGAGACGGUCCAUUGGCCAAGGACACAGAUGAUUACGGACGGAAGGUGUUGGAGAUGAUGACCCCUGAGCAAGCCACAGAAAGAUUGAGGAAGAACGAACAGUCGUUCCUCGUCGGCAGAGGACGGGGUGUGGUGCGAUAUGACAUUGUCCAGCUUCCCAGCAAUGAUCCUAUUGAAGAUGAUCACGCAGAGAAGAUUGUUGAAGUGCCCAACACAGUCGCUGCAACAGAGGGCUCAACGUCUUCGGAUUGGAUGUUCUGGGGUGUUUUCGACGGCCAUUCAGGCUGGACAACCUCCGCCAAGCUGCGCCAGGUCUUGAUCUCUUUCGCGGCCCGCGAACUGAAUCUCACUUACAAAGCGGCACGAUCAGAUGCAAAGUCCCCUUUCCCUUCGCCCGCAGCAAUCGACCAGGCGCUCAAAUCCGCAUUCGUCAAACUAGACAACGAGAUCUGUUUAGACAGUGUCAACAAACUUAUCAAAAACCCGAGCAAACGGCUUGCUGCGGAAAUCCUUGCCCCUGCCCUGUCAGGCUCCUGCGCCCUGCUCUCGUUCUACGACUCUCAAUCCAAGACCCUCCGCGUCGCAUGUACAGGCGAUUCGCGUGCAGUACUGGGCCGUCGCAACCCACAAACCGGUAAAUGGUUCGCCACGCCGCUAUCUGAAGAUCAAACAGGUUCCAAUCCGAACGAAGAAGCACGUAUGCGCGCCGAGCACCCAGGUGAGCAAUACGUCAUUCGAGCCGGCCGAGUGUUGGGAAAUCUGGAACCCACUCGUGCAUUCGGGGAUGCGUUUUACAAAUGGUCGCGUGAGACGCAGGACCGCAUUAAGAAGCACUUCUUUGGGAGGACGCCACAUCAGUUGCUGAAAACCCCGCCCUAUGUCACUGCGGAGCCUGUGGUGACGAGCACAAAAAUCAAUCCCUCGGAUGGCGAUUUUCUCGUGAUGGCCACGGACGGGUUGUGGGAGAUGCUGACAAACGAAGAAGUUGUUGGACUCGUGGGCCAGUGGAUCGAACAUCAAAACAAACUUGCCAGUAGUAAGGCUUCUGCUGGGUCGAACACCGCCGCCUGGUUGACGAGUUGGUUCAAAUCAUCAACGACCGGUGGGCUACCGGUCGAGAAAGGCGGCAAUAUGGACAAGACUGGUCGUAUCGACACAUCGUACAACCAGAAGGAUGCUAGAGACGGCAAAGACUCGGGCGCCAACAAUGUCGAGAAGCCCAUCCGACAGCAGCAAUGGGACAUUCCUGCCUCACCCCCUUCUACCUCCAAUCGCUUCGUUGUCGAGGACAAGAACUGUGCAACUCACCUCAUCCGAAACGCUUUGGGAGGGAAAGACAGGGAUAUGGUGUGCGCACUGCUCACGUUGCCGAGCCCCUACAGUCGGCGGUACAGAGACGACCUGACGGUACAGGUGAUCUUUUUCGGUGAGUCCGGCGAAGCUGAUGGCAAGGUCGUGAUCAACGACGAAGCAACGGCGCGGCAGGUCCCGAAAACUGAGGACGGGCAGUUGAAGGCGAAGUUGUGA